GGGGUCUUUUGUUUAAUAGGAAGUGCGUGGAAAACAGUGGGAGAUCGAGAAGAAUCAAAAUUGGAAGUAUAAAAGGGAAGAAAGCAUGAGAGAAGGGGAAUGAAGUUGUGCUAAGCAACUGAACUAAGUAGUGAACAAGGAGAGUAGUGCAACAACCUCGAAGCUAGUUCAAACUAGUGGGAGGUUGUCUGCAAAAGAGCAGCCAACACUCAAUUAGAAAAAGAAAAAAAAAAACUUUGACGGAAAUCUUGAGAUACUAAUUUGUAGUUGAAGAAAGAAAUGGCUCGUGGAAAGGUUCAAAUGAAGAGGAUAGAGAACCCGGUUCAUCGACAGGUGACCUUCUGUAAACGCCGAGCAGGGCUUCUUAAGAAGGCGAAGGAGCUGUCCGUCUUGUGCGAUGCUGAAAUUGGCCUUUUCAUUUUCUCCGCCCACGGAAAGCUCUAUGAACUCGCCACUAAAGGAAGCAUGCAAGGCCUGAUUGAGAGGUACCUGAAGUCAACCAAGGGAACUGAGGUGGCUGAGGACGCCAUGGAAAAACAACCUCAGGACCCAAAAGAGGAGAUCAACAUGCUGAAGAAUGAGAUUGACAUACUCCAGAAAGGGUUGAGCUAUAUGUAUGGUGGAGGCGCUGGAACAAUGACACUGGAUGAAUUGCAUUCACUUGAAAAGUAUCUUGAAAUUUGGAUGUAUCAUAUUCGUUCAGCAAAGAUGGAUAUCAUGUUCCAAGAGAUCCAGCUGCUGAAGAAUAAGGAAGGGAUACUGGAAGCUGCAAACAAAUUUUUACAGGAUAAGAUAGAUGAGCAAUACACCCUCACUAACAUGACACAGACAUUGACUGACUUUCAAUGCCAACUAACUGUACAAAAUGAGAUAUUCCAGUUCUAACAUAUGCUCACUACAUAAGCUAUUCUUAUAGUGAAGCAUCUAGUUAAUUUGGUAAGGAGAUGUAAUAAUGAUGAUUGAGUAGUUUCACCUUUGGAGACGUGAGCAUAUUAAGUAUGUUAAUUAUGUUCAAUUUAGGUAAUAUGAUAACUAGUGUGUGAAUGUAUCUUAUGAAGUGUGGUGCUACUAAUUAUAUCUUCUGUAACUUCUAAGCGGGCUUUAUGAAAUGAAUCAUUGUCUUGUUA